AAAUAGUCCCAUUUGCUUCAGAAUCGCCAACCCGUGGCAGCACUUAGAACUUUGUUAAUAAAUAUAUUUUUUAUCGCAUAUCUGUGUAUGUGUAUAUAGGGCACCGGUGAAUUAUUAUAGAUGUCUGACACCGGGGAGAAGUGGCAGGUGGCCCGGCGACGAAAAGGUGCAGCGCGAAAAUCCAAACCAAUUCAGGGGUCCCCACAUUCAACAUGCUGCCAGGAGCAGCUGGAUAUCGGGAAAACUGUUAAACGAAUCAGAGACACAGUGUCUGAGCUAAGAUGCGAGGAGUUUUGUCAACAGUGGAAAGAGCAGGUGCUUGUGGCAGGAUCAGCAGCCCUCUCAAAACCUGCAGAGAACAGGGACACCGAGGGUACCACCGACCAGCUGGGGAGCCCCAGAGAUGGCAGACAAUGUCAACAGCUGGAGUGUGUUUGUUAUGGCCUUGGCUCCUUUUCCUCCUGUGUUUCAGCUCGCUUCCAGCUUGCUAUGUUGCUGCUGUUGCUGGAUGCAGGACAGAUUCCACUAAGGGACUGCUCUGUUUACGACCCCAUGUUCUCAUCUGGAGAGAGGGAUGUCUUAAGAGAGCUGGGUCUGAAUGUACUCACAGAAAAUGAGGAGGGGAAGCGUCUGGUGACUAAACCCACACUCUUUUACCUGAUGCAUUGUGGGAAAGCCCUGUACAACAACCUUCUGUGGAAAAAUUGGAGUACACAAUGUCUUCCUCUGAUGAUAAUCAUUGGAAACAGCUUCAAUGGCAUGAUGGACAGAACAAUCGAGAGAGAGUUCAAGCGGGACUACAGCUACAUUACUCAGGCUGUGUCUGUGUGUGAGGAGGGACAGCUGCCUUGUCCAUCCCGUCUGAUUGACAUCUUCAGUGACACUGCAGUCAUCACCUUUCCUACAUGCAGCCUAAACAAACUCCCACAAUCCACCUGGACAGAGCCGCCUGAACCACAGUACCAACACUGCCCUGAUUUGGAGAUAAUUCAGAGGGAAACACAGAGCUGAGACAGGAGAUGAACAAGAAAUGGACAGUACUUUGUUUUUUAUUGAUGCAUUGAUAUAAACAGUUUAAACUUUUUUUUUUUUAAAGGUCCUAUGACAUGCUGCU